AUGGAUGUGGCACAUUGCAAUUUAGACGGCAAUGCUGACGCCGUUGAAUUUUGUCCACACGACUCGUACCACCAUGUCUUGGCAGCUUCAACGUACACAUUGCAAGAGGGUGAUCGGCCGAGCCGAGCUGGGAGCAUAUCACUUUUCAAUGUUGAUGCUGAUUUGGGUCGCCUUGAUUUGUUUCACCGGAUUGAAACGGCGGGUAUCUUUGAUAUAAAGUGGAACCCUGUUGGAGGCUCUGUGAGUCCUCUUCUUGCUCAAGCUGAUGCUGGUGGUUACUUGAGAAUUCAUGGUCUUGAGUGCUGUUCAGAUGAAGCACGAGGGUUUUCUUUGAGAGAGAUAACUGAUGAAAAAAUCAGUUCUGCCAUGUGCCUUUGCCUGGACUGGAACCCUUCAGCUACAUCUAUAACUGUGGGGCUAUCGGAUGGUUCGGUCUCGAUAGCUUCUAUAGUGGAAUCCCAACUAGAGACACAAGAACUAUGGAAAGCGCAUGACUUUGAAGUUUGGGCAGCUUCAUUUGAUACUCACCAACCCCAGUUAGUAUACACUGGUUCAGAUGACUGCAAAUUCAGUUGUUGGGAUUUGCGAGACGGCCCUUCCAAGUUGGCAUUUCAGAAUACCAAGGUUCAUACAAUGGGAGUUUGCUGCAUAGUCAAAACCCCCAACGACCCGAAUACCGUACUUACUGGUAGCUAUGAUGAAUACCUGAGGGUAUGGGAUGUAAGAUCAAUAUCAAGACCAGUUAAUGAAACCUCAAUUUGCCUAGGAGGAGGAGUGUGGAGAAUCAAGUACCAUCCAUUUGUAAGUGGUCUAGUCUUGACAGCUUGUAUGCACAACGGAUUUUCAGUUGUCAAGAUUAACGGGGACAAAGCUGAAGUAAUUGAAACAUACAGUAAGCAUGAGUCACUUGCAUAUGGAGCUGACUGGCACAGAGAGAAAUCGUUUCGUGAAGGCAAAAGGAAUAGCACUUUAGUUGCUACUUGCUCGUUUUAUGACCGGCUUCUUCGCUUGUGGAUGCCAGAAAGUGUUUUGCAGGAUUCUGUGCUUUGA